AUGUUUAGGAAGAUACAUCAUGUGUUCCGUCCUAAUCAUAAUGGACAAAAAGGGAGAGACAGUGGCAGCUGUGGAGGUCGAGGAGGAUUUGGGCAAGACUACCACAGUGCCUGCACAGUCAGACUGGUCCGCAGCACUUCCAUGCUGGUAUUGGGAGAGCGAUCCCAGUCGACGUUGAAACGGAGCAAAAGCACAGUGAGCAUCGAAUCAACCUUGUACUACUACCAGAGACAAGAAGACCGCAUAUGGCUCUACUCCCAAAACCGGAACUGCCUGGAGUAUCUGGAGGCACUGGUGGCACUGAGGCGACGUUACACCGAGAGUGUCUUGAAAAGUAGAGACAAUGCCAGGGCCUCAGCGCCCUCAAAGAAGAAAGCUGCACCUCCAGCUCCACACACACAACCGGCAUCAAACGUGACCCCCUCAGCCCCGCCUGUGCCCAAUGUGGAGGACACUUUGCAAUUUUUAGAUGAUGUGAUCGCAAGCUGUGACGGUGAAGCUCAGCGCAAACCUUACACGGAUAAUGGACACGCUGACGUGGACUUUAUAGUGGCCUCCAGCUCUGCAGAACACAACCUCCACUCCAACUGGGUCUUGCGGGUUCCACGGGGGGCGGAUGACCCUGACAGCAAGCAACAGGAGGAGGUUGUGUCCUGUGCCAAGGAAAAGGUCCUCAAUAAGAAGAACCAGAGCGGGUCCACCAGCAGCAGGUUGCGUCUGCAGAGGAACCCCAUCCAUUUGCCCAAAGUGGUGGAGAGCACCUUGCAGACGCUACGUUUCAAGGCCAAGUGGAAAAAGUCCUGAGGAUGACUUGAAACUGAAAAUUGGGUUGCUUUACACCUCUUGUCAUGAAGAAUUUCCUAAAGAAGUUAUUUUUCAAAAUGGACACCAGUCAGUGACAGCUAGUCUUUCAGUGCCGACAAUGAUUGAAGGCCAGGUGGUAUGGAAUGGUAUGGUAUGGUAUGGUAUGGCAUGGCAUGGCAUGGCAUGGCAUGGCAUGGCAUUGACACUUACAAUAUUUCACUUUCCGACAUUUGUCAUUUACAUUUUUUUCCACUUCCUGUAUGAAAGGAAAGAAUGGUGUAAAAAAAAUCAAGACGCAAAUAGGAGUUAAAAUAAUGACACUAUAAAACUUUUGCAGUAUUAAGGGAACAAAUCAAAUUUUAAAAAUGAUAAAUUGGGAAUAAAUUGUUAAUAAUAAAUAAGAAUACAUUUUAAUAAAACAUUAAAUAAAAUAUUGAGGUUGUUGACUUCAAAGCUGCCACAAGUCUUUUUGGGUUAUGUCUUAAUUUCCUUGUAGUCGUAUUAGUCGUAGUACUUUGGCUUCCUCCGGUCCUCUAUUUAACCUGAUGUACAAUUUUGUAAAUAAGCAUUAAAAUGAUAAAAAGUUCAACACCAUAGCUAUAAAAAAAAAACAACCCCCCCGAAAUAGAAAUAAAAGGUUCAAAAAAGGACUCAGUAAUAAGUACCUGCACCAUUCCUGUUUAAUCAGCUCAAAAAUUGGUUUGUUUCCAGAAGGCUAGUGGGAAUGUUGCUCCAGGUGGUGAAGAUGGCUUCACGCAGGGUAUCCACUGUCUGGAACUGAUGUCCAUUCUUGUAAACUUCCCUUGCCAUUAACCCCCAAGUGUUCUCAAUUGGAUUUUGAUCAGGCAAACACACACGAUUGUCCAAAAGAGUGAGGUUGUUCCUCUGGAAGAAGUCCUUUGUCUGGCCUGCAUUGUGAACUGCAGUGUUGUCCUGUUGAAAAAGCCAGUC